CUCCACCUCAUUCCUGCUUCAAACCACCAAAAACCCUCCCGCCAGCAAUUGACCUCCCACCACCACCCACAGAUUCGAAUUCUCCACUCUCCUCAACGAUGUUCCCCCAGCGCCAGAUGUUCCGCCUGGCGCCGCGCCUCGCCGCCCAGCUGCGCGCCCCCGCGGCCCGCACCGUCGUCCAGCGCCGCCUGGCCAGCUCCGCCGGGCAGAGCACCGAGAACGCCUUCAUCAGGGAGCGCAAGGCCGUCAAGGAGCACGCCGCCUCCACGACCGAGCUCUGGCGCAAGAUCUCCAUCUACGGCGUCAUCCCCUGCCUCCUCCUGGCCGGCAUCAACGCCUACAACCUCUGGAACGAGCAUUGGGAGCACUGGGCCCACUCCCCGCCCUUGGAGGAGCGCGUCGAGUACCCUUACCAGAACAUCCGGACAAAGAACUACCAGUGGGGUAACGGAGACAAGACUCUAUUCUGGAACGACGCCGUCAACUACCACAACAAGGACAAGACCACCUAAGUGGCCCAUGUACGGAUCUAGAAGUUGUAUAGGCAUGGAGGAAGGCUCAUAGAGCGAUGGGAGGCUGUCGCUAAGACUGGUCGGUCGACUUGUACAUGUUCCCUUAAAACAGUCAGAGCAAUCCAAGGUUUUGCAGGUGGAGUCCCAUCUGAUCAUGCUGUCGGUCGUCCCAACCGUAUUCCGCUGUGCUGAGCGAGACGGUAUCGCCAUUCAGCCGACACCCGGGCAAGCAACCCUGCACGGGGCUGGCUGACGAGCAGGCAUUAAGUACAGUAUAUAUCCAUUGCCCGGCCGGGCUGUCCGGGUUACACUCUUUUCGCAUGCCUGCCCUAUCUUGAUGACAUUUACUUAGCCCCCCGCCAUCCCACCAAUACCUUACGCCCCCAACUGAAUAGCAG